AUGAUUGACUAUACCAAGGCAAUCCCUUUCGUCUUCGUUCUAGCACCUAUCCAAGACGCACGAUACGCUCCUUCUGGUAUGACCGAUCCAGCAACAUGCACUCUUUCGGCUUCCGCACAAUCUUCUCCUGGUUCCGAUACCCCCCACGCCUUUCUCGACGAUUCAUUCAGCUCAGACGAUGCAACAUCAAAGACAAAUCAAGAUGAUACUGCGUCACACACCUUCUCACCUUCAUUCUCGUGUCGUGUUGUCGAGCUUUUCAUCAUACUUAUUGGUCAAAUCGGUUUCCUCGCACAUCAAUUUCUACGAAUUUCUGAAGUUGUUGAUGCUCUCUCCUCCUCGUUUGUGACUCUCGAACAGACCACCGACCUCGAAAUCGCGAACCUCUGUGCCACAAUGGAGCUUGUCAAGCAAGAAAUCGAUUUUGUCAAAGAUCAGACUCGUUGCCACGUACAGAUGAUGACCCUCGAGGCUAGAGAAUUCGCUACCCUCAUUGCCAAUCAGCAACGCCAAAUUGACGACCUCGGAAAACAACUCUACGACGAACGCGAACUUUCGAGAGAUACCAAGAAAAUUCUCGACAAGCUUACUUCUCAUGUCUCGCAGGAUAACACUGAGCUUGAUGUUUUCCGCGAACGCCUGCAUGAUCAACUCGCCUGUCAAAUCCAGGAUCAAAUUCAAACGGAACGUGAUGUCAUUGACCUUCGCAAGGAACUCGAUGCCUUUCACGAACGCCUGCAUGGCCAACUCAUCUCUCAAGUCGAGGAUCAAAUCCAAACGGAGAACGACGUUGCCGACCUUCGCAAGGACAUCCUGAAGACACUUUCUCUAUACCGCACGAGGAUUUCAGCCCUGGAAUUUGCAUCAUCUCAAGCCAAACCACUUCAAGACGUUGUUUGUGACUCCAAACCCGUACGAAGUGCUACGGAUGUGGAUGCUAGCCCCCUUCCGACACGAUUUCUUCCUGGCUUUCAACAUCUUCCUACACCAACGAGCGCUGCACCGAAGAAGCAAAGGUCAGGUAUCUCAAUCUCUGCUAGAUCGCUUCGGUUCAUUGAUCGUGAAUCAAUCUACAUUCAGCCAUCCACAUCAGUCGAACCAAAGACAGCUGGAAUCCACAUAAAGUCCACCUCUCCAAAGACGCCUCCGACAGUUGAUUCCGUCAGACGUUCGGUUACUGUCAAGUCUUCGAUUUCUAAGGUCCUGCCGAGCUCGAAGAUUCCGACUCCUGGCACGAGAGUGUCAUCCGCGCCUAAGGGAGUCCUCUUGAAUAAUCCCUCAUCCAAAGUCUCAUCUUGUGAUAACCGUGCUCCCGGGGGAUCUGCGACUGUCAAGAAGAAUGGUAGUGCUAUCAAGGACAAGGUGCAGGAACCUAGAUUUCCUUCUCUCAAGAAGAGCGGCAGUGCCGUCAAGGACAAUGCGAAGGUACUUAAACCUCUCAAGAAGAGUAGCAAUGCCGCUAAGGGCAAGACGCGGGAACCUAAUAACAACCAGGUGUUGCCUCCGUCCUCGUCUCCACUCAUUCCCGCCACCACAUUACGUGCCCCGGACUCGACGUCCCGGCCCGACAACGCAUGGCAUGGCAUUGCUAGUCAACUCCUGUUGUCGUCACCAUCCUUGGAAGCCCUGGAUGUUGCUGUGCAACUCCACUCGUUGAGCGAUCUGUGUGAUCCAUUGCCUUCUCUAGAUUCGAUGUCCUGGCUCGACGUCGCAUUGGAUAGUAUCACCAGUCAACCCCUGUCGUCAUCAUCAUCCUUGGAAGCUCUGGAUGCUGCCGUGCAGCGUCACUCGCUGGGCGAUCUACGUGACCCGUUGCUUUACUUAGACUCGAUGUCGUGGCUUGAUGAGUGCCACAAAGUUUCAGGUCAACCUCUUCGUCCGUCACCUUCCACGGAAGCUUUGGAUGCCGCUGUGCGGCUUUCAUCGCUGGACAAAUUGUGCGGGACGAUGCCCUCGCUGGACUCGAUGUCCUUCCUUGACGCCGACGCUCUUCCUGUCCCUCCCCUCAAGAGUCUUGGCCGGGAUAAGGCACAAAACAUCAAUUAUUGUCACCGAGAACGUCUUCGCCCGUCAUCUUCCAUGAAAGCUUUGGAUGCUGCUGUGCGACUUUCAUCGCUGGACAACUUGUGCGGGACGAUGCCCUCGUUAGACUCGAUGACCUUCCUUGACGACGAUGCUUUUAUAGUCCCUCCUUUCAAGUCCCUUGUACAGAGUAAGCCUUGA